UCAAUUUGUUAUGAACUUUAACAUGAAUGACUGGGUAAAGACAGUGCCAGAGCUACAUGGGAUGCUCAAAACGGCAGAGAUGAACAUUUCCAACAAAGUAAGCCAAGUGUUAAUGGUUCGAUCUGGUGGUGUUAAAAAGCCCAAAACAAAGAAGAAAAGUUAUAACAGCAAAAACAAAGGAAAGGCUCCUGUUGCUGCCAAACCUGCCACCAACAAGAGCAAGCAAGCUAUGAAAGCCCCUCUUCCAGAAGAGCGGCAAUGCUAUGAGUGUAACAAGAUGGGGCACUGGAAACGUAACUGCCCCGAGUAUCUUGCCAAGCUCAAAGUGAAGAAGGCUAAUGGAGAAGGCACUUCUUCAGGAGCCUGAGAAGUGGAAGAAACUGAAGCCGGGAGACAUGGAGCUCAUUGUUGGCGAUGGGAAAAGAGUCCCAGUUCUGGCAACUGGCACAUUUAAUC